CCGCCAACUUCAACCUCACUUCAUUCAACAACCACUUGCCAUCCUCAUCCACAUCGCAUUCAACCACCAUCAACAAGAACACAUCAAAGGCGCCAUUCAUACUCACGGCGCGCGCUAAUCCGUAAAAUUGCGCCUUUAUUCUCACAUCUACCAUCCACACCCUUUUCUGACUGACGUACAUAUUUCGCGUCUCAAAUCGCAUCAAAACCGCCACGCGCCGCCAUUCAAACAAUCACAGUCAGCUGCUUGGAAGGUCGUAAGUAUACAGGUCGACGGUGGGAAACAAAGGAUCUACGCGUGAAGCGAACGAACCAAAGGAGUACCAUAUACAACAAGACGCCCUAAGCCAUGGCUUCCAAGCGGAAGGCCGCGGCGAUGGCGACCGAGCCAGAGGAGCCUGUCGACCCAGCUGAUGAGCUCAUGUUCCUCAAUCUCGGAGGAGGCAAUGAAGUCGGCCGGUCGUGUCACAUCAUUCAGUACAAGGGCAAAACUGUUAUGCUUGAUGCUGGCCAACAUCCAGCAUAUGAUGGCCUAGCAGCCCUACCAUUCUUUGAUGACUUCGAUCUCAGCACAGUUGACGUUCUUUUGAUCAGCCAUUUCCAUAUCGACCAUGCGGCUUCAUUACCAUAUGUCUUGGCCAAGACCAACUUCCGAGGCCGUGUCUUCAUGACACAUGCCACCAAGGCCAUCUACAAAUGGCUUAUCCAGGAUAGUGUCCGUGUUGGCAACACAUCGUCGAACCCGACAGCAUCGCUCGUCUACACCGAGGAGGACCAUCUCAAGACCUUUCCCAUGAUCGAGGCCAUCGACUACAAUACUACCCACACCAUCUCCUCGAUCCGCAUCACACCAUACCCAGCCGGCCACGUCCUCGGCGCCGCCAUGUUCCUGAUCGAGAUCGCCGGCCUCAAGAUCUUCUUCACUGGCGACUAUUCCCGUGAAGAGGACAGGCAUCUUAUCUCUGCCAAAGUCCCCAAGGGCGUCAAGGUCGACGUCCUAAUCACCGAGUCCACCUACGGCAUCGCCUCUCACAUCCCCCGCCCAGAACGUGAACAGGCCCUCAUGAAGUCCAUCACCGGCAUCCUCAACCGAGGCGGCCGCGUCCUCAUGCCCGUCUUCGCCCUCGGUCGCGCCCAGGAGCUCCUCCUCAUCCUCGACGAGUACUGGGGCAAGCACCCCGAGUACCAGAAAUACCCCAUCUACUACGCCUCCAACCUCGCGCGCAAGUGUAUGCUCGUCUACCAGACCUAUGUCGGCUCUAUGAACGACAACAUCAAGAGGCUGUUCCGCGAGCGUCUGGCCGAGUCCGAGUCCUCCGGCGACGGUGCCGGCAAGGGAGGACCGUGGGACUUCAGGUUCAUCCGCUCCCUCAAAAGCCUUGACCGCUUCGAGGACGUCGGCGGCUGCGUCAUGCUUGCUUCCCCUGGUAUGCUCCAAAACGGCGUCAGUCGCGAGCUGCUGGAGCGAUGGGCGCCGAGCGAGAAGAACGGCGUCAUCAUUACCGGUUACUCCGUCGAGGGCACCAUGGCCAAGCAGCUCAUGCAAGAGCCGGAGCAGAUCCAGGCCGUCAUGUCUCGCAACAUUGCCGGUGCCCGCCGCGGCCCCGGUGGUGAUGCCGAGAAGGUCAUGAUUCCCCGCCGCUGCACCGUCCAGGAGUUCUCCUUCGCCGCGCACGUUGACGGCGUCGAGAACAGGGAGUUCAUCGAGGAAGUCGCCGCCCCCGUCGUCGUCCUCGUCCACGGCGAGGUGCACAACAUGAUGCGUCUCAAGUCCAAGCUUCUGUCGCUCAACGCCAACAAGGAACACAAAGUCAAGGUGUUCAGUCCCAGAAACUGCGAGGAGCUUCGCAUCCCUUUCAAGACGGACAAAGUCGCCAAGGUGGUGGGCAAGCUGGCGUCCAUCCCGCCGGCACUUAAAGAGGCGAAGACCGGCCAUGAUGGACCUGGGCCUCUUGUCUCUUCGGAACCUCAGCUUAUCACUGGCGUGUUGGUGCAGAACGACUUUAAGAUGUCCCUGAUGGCUCCCGAGGAUCUGAGAGAGUAUGCUGGUCUGACGACUACUACUAUUGCGUGCAAGCAGCGUUUGAAGCUGAGCGCGGCGGGUAUUGAUCUGAUUAAGUGGGGUCUUGAAGGCACAUUUGGUGGCAUCGAAGAACUUCCUGAAGCCAAGACGAAGCGCGAGAUCGUUAAGAGCGAGAACGGCGAUACGAAGAUGGAGGAAGCUGAUGAGGAGCUGCCUCACGGCGACGACGUGGUGGCCGCUUACCUCGUUAUGGGAUGCGUUACCGUCCGCUACCGUGCUAGCGGCGAGGUUGAACUGGAGUGGGAGGGCAACAUGCUCAACGAUGGCAUUGCCGACGCCGUUAUGGCCGUGUUGCUUGGUAUUGAGAGUAGUCCUGCUGCUGUGAAGCGCUCCGCCAGCAAAAACCCCCACACCCACCCCCCCUCCCCCCUCCCCCAGAAAAACCCUCACGCCCACCUAACCCCCACCGACCGUCUCGACCGCCUCCUCAUGUUCCUCGAAGCCCAAUUCGGCUCUGACAACGUCUCCCCCAUCGCCGACCCCAAGCUACCUCCCCCUCCCCUUUCACUCACCACCACCACCACCAAAGCCAUUUCCUCCCCCUCGGAGGCGACGUCACCCAAAUCCGACGCAGACGCAGACGCCUCCAUGGACGUCUCAGAAGACGAAGACGAACAACUCACCGCACGCAAGCACGCUGAGUUACAGAGAUUGCAUAAAAUGGGAAUUCCUGUGCCCGGAAUCCAGAUCAAGGUGGAUAAGAUGGAGGCCAAGGUGUGGUUGGAGGAUUUGGAGGUGGAGUGUGCGAAUAAGAUUUUUAGGGAGAGGGUUAGAGCUGUGGUGGAACGGGCGGUGGAGGUUGUGGCGCCGCUUUGGGGGUGAGUUUGAGGAGGUUGAGGGGGUAG